CUGGUUGUAAAAACUUCAGCGUGACUAUAAAAUACUCGUCUGUGAGCUGGAAACUUAAACAUCGCUGUUUCUUCAGGUGGAUCUUCAACCAGACAGGAGACGAUGGCGGUGACGACUCAGCCCGGACACUUCGUUCCCUCAGACUUCCAGACGGGGCUGUUCGAGUGCUGUGACGACUGCUGCACAUGUGUGUAUGGGUAUUUCUGUCUCACCUGUCUGGGCUGUUCCAUCGCCAGAGAUAUGGGGGAGUGCUGUCUCUGUGGAAUGGGAAUGACCAUCCGCAGUGUGUACAGAACCAAAUACAACAUCAAGGGUUCCCUGUGUCAGGACUUUCUGGUCAGUACUUUCUGCUUACCGUGUGCAACCUGCCAGCUGAAGAGAGACAUCGACAGGAGGAAGGAGCAGGGAAUCUUCUGAAGCUCAUGAGAAUCCUUACACCACUGAAGCUCAAUCAGACCUGCGAUUUCCCUCAUUUUGUGCUCUUUAUUAACAGAAUUGUGCUUAAAGUGUAAAUGUGUGAAAGAUACGAGGA